UAUCUGACAAAGGAUUUCGGGCUGGAUAUCUAGGGAUAAUCGAGGAUAGGAUUCGUACAGAGUUCCGGAACUCUGACCUCAAGGCCAGACCACAUAUAAAAUCCAAGAUUGCGGAGUGGGAGAUGAGUUAUAACGCCCUCAGGAAAAUCCUUGGCAGGAGUGGUGUGCGGUUUAACCUGGAUGGCGAUUACAAGAUUGACUGUGAUGAUUAGCGGUGGGAGCAGAUCGUUCAGGCAGAUUCACAGGCUGAGGGCAUGAGGACGAAAUCGUGGCCUUUCUGGGUAACUUGGCAGCGCGUAUUUGGAAAGGAUCGAGCAUCUGGAGGGGGUGCUGAAGGCGUUGACGUUUCUGCUGAUCGUGCGCGUCAACAGAUGGCUGGCGGAAGUCAGUGCAAUGGAAAUUACUACCGUCCUUCCGUCCCAGUCGAUCAGACCCCUCCACUGGCCGGAGAAGAAGAUAUUCCAGAUAACAUUUCAGAGAAUACCGAGAAGCAAAUGCCUAUCAACAAAUCAGGAGGUGGGAAACUAUCGACCGCUCCACUGGCUGGAGAAGAAGAUAUUCCAGAUAACGUUUCAGAGAAGACCGAGAAGCAAAUGACUAGCAACAAAUCAGGAGGUGAGAAACGCAAGCAACCCUCCUCGGAUGCUGCUUUAAUGGAGUUUCUCGCAAACCUCCAUGCUGAAACGAACGCACGCCUAGAGGUUUUCGCUGCCAGGAUUGGAUAUGAGUACGAUACGGGAAAGGCUAGGCAGGAGCUUUUCAACACGCUAUGCACUGUGGACGGUCUCACCCUGAAUCAGAGGUAUGCCUUGUGCAAUAUACUGGCUGACUAUCCGCACCGUCUGGAGGUUUUCAUGGGUAUGCCAGCCAAUGCUCGCUCGGGGUAUGUGCUCAGGCUCCUCGCGCAAAAGAAGUAGGAUGUGCGAGAUCUUCAACUGUGUUUUGCUGGUCUAUGUUUCACUUUUUGAUUGUAAAUACACCUAGAAUCACUAUUCCAGUUGGUGGCUGUGAUCACAAUAGGUAUUAUCCUUGAAUGAACUCAGUGGUAGUUUGUAGUGCUAAGUAUGCU